UUCACAAGUUUGAAACCAAACUCAUUAAGAAAAAAUUCUAGUUCAAUCUUUUGUCACUCAAGAGUCUUCCCGAUCAUAUCCAAUCAAAUACUAUGGAGCGAGGUGGUUACCGAGGAGGGCGUGGUGAUGGCCGUGGUAGAGGCGGCGUCGGAUAUCGUGGUCGUGGUUACAGCGGUCGUGGUCGUGGCUUCGAUCAAGACAGGGAUGGUGGUUUGGUAAAUCGAGGGCAGAGUUCCGGUGGUCAGGUUCACGGUGGUCGUGGGACGCAAUUGCAACAACCUCGGCCACAGGCGGUUCCUCCGUCGUCUUCGCAGGGUCAAGUGAGUCAAGGCGUUGCAGCCGGAGGGGUGGGUAGAGGCGGCGUCGGAGACCGUGGUCAGAGACAGUUGGGACCAUCGUCUGGUCACGGUGGUCGUGGGACGCAGUUGCAACAACCUCGGCCACAGGCGGUUCCUCCGUCGUCGUCGCAGGCUCAAGUGAGUCAAGGCGUUGCAACAAGAGACGUGGGUAGAGGCGGCGUCGGAGACCGUGGUCAGAGUCAGUCUGGACCAUCGUCGAGUCACUUUGGUCGUGGGACGCAGUUGCAACAACCUCGGCCACAGGCGGUUUCUCAGUCAUCUUUGCAGGCUCAAGUGAGUCAAGCCGUUGCAGCAGGAGGCGUGGGAAGAGGCGGCGUCGGAGACCAUGGUCGUGGUUACGGCGGAGCUGAACGCGGUCGUGGCCGUGGCUUGGAUCAAGGCGGCGAUGGUGGUUUCGUAAAUCGUGGGCAGAGUUCUGGUGGUCAGGGUGGUCAUGGGACACAGUUGCAACAACCUCCGCCGCAGGCGGUUACUCAAUCGUCGUCGCAGACUCAAGUGAGUCAAGCCGUUGCAACAGGAGCCGUGGCUAGAGGCGCGUGGGCUCGUAGGCCACAGUUUUUCUCUGAUUCGACGGUCUUACCUUCUAGUUCUUCGUCUACAGUCGUGGCUUCUCAAACCGCUAGUGGUUCUCAAGUUAUGACUCCAAUGAAGCCAUCUUCUUCUGAUAAGAAAGAACCAAUGAAGCGUCCUGAUAGAGGUGGUAGUAAGCUUGUGCAACGCGUAAAUCUCUCUGUCAAUCAUUUCAAUGUGAGUUUCCCUUCUGAAAGUGAAAGUGUCAUAAGGCACUACGAUGUUGAUAUCAAAGGAGAAAAUCCUUUAAAAAAGAUAUCAAGAUAUGAGCUACCUAUGGUCAAAGAGAAGGUGUUCACCGACAAUCCCGAUAAGUUUCCCUUCGCUAUGACAGCUUAUGAUGGUCAGAAGAACAUUUUCAGCGCAGCUGAAUUGUCUACAGGUUCAUAUAAGGUGGAGUUCCCUAAAACUGAAGAGACGAGAGCUCGAAGCUAUACAUUCACCAUCAAACAGGUGAAUGAGCUUAAGCUACGUGACUUGGAAGACUACAUAAGGGGAAGUUCCUCUUUCAUUCCGCGUGAUGUGUUGCAAGGAAUGGAUGUUGUGAUGAAGGAACAUCCUUCAAAGCGUAUGAUUACUGUUGGUAAAAGCUUUUUUACUUCGGCAGAUGAAGACUAUGGCUUUGGCCUUGCAGCUAAGAAAGGGUAUCGCCACACUCUCAAGCCUACGGCACAAGGUUUAUCUUUGUGUUUGGACUACUCAGUGUUGAUGUUCCGCAAAGCAGUGUCGGUCAUUAAAUACCUGGAGUUGUACUUUGACUGGUCUGAUGAUAUGCAUCAGUUUCCGAGGCGUGAUGCAGAAAAGGAAUUGAUUGGUUUGAAAGUCACUGUCAACCAUCGGAAGAACAAGCAGAAACUCACCAUUGUAGGGUUGAGUGAGUACAACACAAAAGAUAUCACAUUCGAUCUUAUUGAUCAUGCGGGAAACAAGCCUCCAACGAAAAUAUCCAUUGUUAAGUAUUUCAAGGAAAAGUAUGGAAAAGACAUUGCUCACAGAGAUAUUCCUUGCCUAAAUUUGGGGAAAAAAGAUCGGCAAAAUUUUGUACCCAUGGAGUUUUGUGACUUGGUCGAGGGGCAGAUUUUUCCAAAAGAAAAAUUGAAUUAUAAAUCAGCCCCGUGGUUAAAAAAGUUGUCUCUAGUCAAUCCACAACAAAGGCAGAGGAAUAUAGAUAAUAUGAUCAAGUCUAGUGAUGGACCUAGCGGUGGAGAUAUCAUUGGGAAUUUUGGACUGGAAGUGGCUACAAACAUGACAACGGUGCAAGGUCGUGUACUCAAGGCUCCUACACUGAAGUUGAGUCAGAAAGGCAAUCCUGUCCAUGAGGAACUCAAACUCAGAGAGAACAAUCAAUGGAACCUUACGCAAAAGGGAGUCACAAAGGGUUCAAUAGUCAAACAUUGGGCUGUUCUUGACUUCACCGCGUAUGAUAGCCACAUCAACGACAAGAUGCCUGAUAACUUUGUUAAGAAACUCACUGCGCGUUGUUCGAAACUUGGGAUGAAGUUGGAGAAUCCUAUCGUUCACAAAAAAUCAAGGAUGGAUACGUUUUUUAAUGGCAAUGCUCUUGAGGAAUUGCUUCGAUCCGUGAUUGAUGAGGCUUUACGUAAGACUGGUGGGGCUCGUCCAGCUUUUGUUCUGUGUGCUAUGUCUUGGAAGCACGAUGGCUACAAGACUCUGAAAUGGAUAGCCGAGACCAAACUUGGUCUAUUGACUCAGUGUUUCUUGAUCGGUUCUGCGAAGAAGGGAGGUGAUCAGUACUUGGCAAAUCUCGGCCUCAAGAUAAACGCAAAGGUUGGUGGAACGAACGUGGAGCUGGUGGAUAAUUAUUUCUCUUUCUUCAAUAAAGAAGAUGAGGUCAUGUUCAUUGGUGCUGAUGUCAAUCAUCCCGCUGCUCACGACAAGAUGAGUCCAUCCAUUGUUGCUGUUGUAGGCACUCUUAACUGGCCUGAAGCUAACCGCUACGCAGCUAGAGUCAAAGCUCAGACUCACCGUAAAGAAGAGAUACAAGGGUUUGGUGAAACUUGCUUAGAGCUUUUCAAAGCUCAUUCUAAUGCCACCAAGAAACGACCUAACAAGAUUGUGAUAUUCCGUGAUGGUGUCAGUGAUGGUCAGUUCGAUAUGGUUCUCAAUGUGGAGUUGCUUGAUGUUAAGCUGACUUUUGAGAAGAAUGGUUACAAUCCAAAGAUAACGGUAAUCGUAGCCCAGAAACGCCAUCAAACCCGUUUCUUCCCUGCCACAAACAAUGAUGGAAGUGAUAAGGGGAAUGUGCAUUCAGGUACGGUCGUUGAUACAAAGAUCAUUCACCCAUUUGAGUAUGAUUUCUAUCUCUGUAGUCACCAUGGAGCGAUUGGGACAAGCAAACCAACUCAUUACUAUGUUCUUUACGACGAAAUCGGGUUCAAGUCGGAUCAGAUUCAGAAGCUCAUAUUUGACGUGUGCUUCACGUUUACUCGCUGCACCAAACCUGUCGCUCUGGUUCCUCCAGUUUCUUAUGCUGACAAGGCUGCUUCUAGAGGAAGGUUGUACUACGAGGCAAGCUUUAUGGAGAAGAACUCUAAGCAGUCGCGUGGAGCGUCUUCGUCUUCUGCUGCUUCGGUUGCCUCUUCAUCCUCUUCUCUCACAGUGGAGGACAAAGAGAUCUUCAAGGUUCACACAGAGAUUGAGAACUUUAUGUUCUUCGUCUGAAAAAAGGGUUUGAUCUUAUAAUUAUUAUCUAAAUAGGAAUGUCUCAAUAACGCAGUUCUUACUCCUUUUUCUGAUUAGAAAGGAUGUUUGUGCGUGAAUCUAAUCGAUAUAGUUUGUUUCUUUUCCUUUGGUCGUUGGUGUGUUGAAAAUAAUUUGUAAUGCUCUUU